GUGAGGUAGUUUUGUGAGAGCCUUAACGGGGUUAAGAGCUGUUAAGUCACUGCCAGAACGGUAAUCGGGGACAGUACCUGACGUCGAGUGUCCGUCGAAGAGAAACGUCAGUUGAAGUCGAGCCGAGUUGGCGUAUCGCGCAAGGGCGCCGCAGCUCCGCAAGCAUUAAAACGGGAUACUGGCUUUUGUCUCUCGCGUUUCUUUCGUACUUUAGUAUUAUAACCAAAUAUCCGUAUUUUAUUUAAUUUUUCAUCUUCUUUCGAUUUUUUAUGUCAGUCGUAUUCGCGCCGGAUAUUGCGGCACGCGAUUCAUUCAUUUUACCCUCAUCGACGAAUUUGGGAAAAACCUGUACCUGUAAUCGCGCGGCGUUAAUUGUAACGUAUAUUGUUACCGUUGAAAUUACUGGCACGCGCGCGCGCGCGCGCAUUUACCGAGUGUAACACAACAAUAACAUUUCACGCGAAAAGUAUAUUAUUGCUUGAAGCCGAACGUGUGAUUUAAAACAAAGAAGAAAAAAAAAAAAACAAACAGACCAACAAGAUGUUGCUGGAAAUGAAUCUACCUGGACCGGAAACAACUGUGUACCACGAGCCGGGAACUAUGUAUCCGAUAAUAACGAACGAGGGUAACAACAACAAUAACCACAACAACAACAACAACAACAACAACAACAACACCUUGAACGACGAUGACGAGAGACGAGGCACUACCCUGCAAGAGUUCUACGCAGGGCAAACGGUCUUCAUUACAGGUGGAACUGGCUUUCUUGGAAAAGUCCUGAUAGAAAAGUUACUGCGUAGCUGCCCUGACCUAACCGCAAUCUAUAUACUAGUACGCCCAAAGAAAGGAAGAGACGUGCAAAGUCGCGUUGAGGACAUAUUCGAUGAUGUGGUCUAUACCCGACUGAAAAAAGAAGUCCCAAAAUUUCGUCACAAGGUAUUCGCAGUGGCCGGAGACUGCAGCGUUCCUGAUUUGGGACUUUCAUUGGCUGACAAGGCGCUCCUUAUUCAAAAGGUAUCGAUAGUGUUUCACGUUGCGGCGACAGUUCGUUUCGAUGAAAAACUCAAACUCGCCAUGGCCAUUAAUGUACAGGCCGCGACUGACAUUAUCAAACUAUGCCGAAGUAUGCCACAGCUGAAGUCUGUAAUUCAUGUAUCCACCGCUUAUGCCAACUCGCACUUGUGGACAAUUGAUGAAAAAUUUUACCCAUAUGAAACGAAGUACAGCGAACUAAUGAAGAUGAUAGAAAAUAUGCCGGAGGAUACGAUUACGGAAUUAACUCCAAAGAUAAUUGGGAAAUGGACAAACACAUACGUCUUCACCAAAGCCCUGGCCGAAGAUAUGAUUCGAGAGGAGAGUAAGGACCUACCCAUGGGCAUUUUCCGACCUGCCAUUGUGAUAUCGACUGCACGUGAACCAAUCUUGGGAUGGAUCGACAACCUCUACGGACCGACGGGUGUGGUUGCUGGAGCAGCUUCCGGCGUUCUCAGAACUCUGCACAGCGACCCUGACAUCAAUGCGAAUAUCGUACCAGUGGAUUUCACGGUGAACUCACUGAUAGCCAGUGCCUGGGACGUGGCCACACAGGUUGAAAGGAGAGGCAAGGACAUGUUGAUUUACAAUUACGUGUCAUCAGUCGAUGCCCCGUUAACGUGGGGCGAAUACUGCAAGUCGAAUAUGGAGUAUGGAAAACUUUACCCAUUGAGCAACUCCAUCUGGUACCUGUCAUUCACAACGAAUAAACACAAAUUUAUUCAUUUGCUGUACGUGCUGUUCCUUCAUUUACUACCAGCGAUGCUGGUUGAUACCGUCAGCAUUUGUAUCGGUCAAAAACCAAGAUUGUGGAAAAUGUAUCAAAAGAUUCACAAGUUUGCUAACGUGAUAUCGUAUUUCGCAACCCACCAAUGGAAAUUCACAAACGACAACGUACAAGAUAUGUGGAGUCGGUUGGAAUCCAAAGACCAACAUUUGUUCCUAUUCAACAUGAAGGGCUUCAACUGGGACGAGUAUUUUCAAUAUUACAUAAAGGGAACCAGAAUCUAUUUGUUCAAAGAUGACCUAAGCACCUUAAAAGCCAGCAGAGCGAGAUUGGCCAGAUUUUACUACAUGCAUCAAGCCACCAAAGGUUUGGUAUACCUUCUCAUGUUAUGGAUCGUAUGGACCUUAUUCUCCAGAAUAGUUUAUUAAGGAAUCGACUCGAGUCAGUGAGAUUAAAAAAUCUCGAGCAUUAUUAAUAACAAAAGCCAUUCAUGUGUUGCGAUUCAUUUAUCAUAAUAUACCGAUCAAUUUCACAACAUCCUAAGUUUUCGUUCAAGAGGAUUUACAGUUUAGAAGCGAAUGCUUUAUGCUUACAUAGGUAUAUAGUAUUAGCAGAGAACCUCUUGAUUUGUUCGAACUUGGCCGUCGUAAAUUGAUGAUAAAAGUAGCAUCACAAGUGGGUUCACAAAUGUUACCAAUCGAUACCUAUUGCAUAUUGCUCGAAUAUAGAUUCCGUCGAAUAAGUUCAGUUCUUAAAUGAACCGACUUAAUGUAAUAAGUUGUGUAAAUACUGAUGAUAGUUUUCAUAUCAAUUAUUAUUAUUGUUAUUAUUUUAAGUAGUAGUGUCGUUACCAUUACCGUUAUCGUUAAUACAUCGUGUAUCAUCAAUUUAUUCAUCAUUAUUAUUAUUAUUUUUUUUUUUUCAGUUAUUAUUAUCACGAAUGCCUGAAGUAUAUCUUAAACUUAUGAUAAUUGUGUACUUAACCAAUUUUUAAGUGUGAUUGAACUAUGUAAAAAUAUGGUUUUUCGUGAUAACUUUAGGUUUAGUUUAGUGCUGUGACUAUAACGGGAGUUAUGUUUUAUUCACAUGUCACUCAAUUUUACUGGAAAUUUCGAGCGAUUCACAAUAUGUGGUAAAACUAAAUUCCGUCGCCACAACUCUCGAAGUCUCAGCUACUACACCGUAACUUCGGGCAUUGCACCACCAUUGCGAAUAUAAACUAUAUACUCUCUAUCACGUAUAUGUUUGUGUACACUGUAUUAUAUUUAAAUUUUACAUAAUGAUACAUCGCCAUACUGCCUCUUAACGCUAUUAUUAUACAAACAGAUUCGAAUUCUUCGUCAUGCUGCAUUAUUCUUUGCUAGGCGUUUAAUCUGUGUAAAUAAUCUUCGUUACAACGUGUAAUUUAUAAAUAUUGGUUACACCCAUAGUACCGUGUAGAUGAUAGACUUGUUAUCAAUUUAAUCUUCUUAGACCUGUUUUUAUGAAAUUUGUAUUCUUUGGCGGAAAUGGCGAAUCGGAGAACGUAUAAGUAUGAGUAAAUUCUUCCCUUUUGGUGUAUCUGAUUUCGACAACCGAGCUCCUUGCAGAAAUUGAAAUGGAGAUUCUCAAGGGCUCGGCGAACUUCGCCUGCCCGAAAGAUACAGAUCAGUUUGUGUAACUAGAUCCAGGUAACCGAUAUCAGGAUCUAAAUUUGAAGUGGUCAACAAUUCUGCAAGCCCUUGAUUUAUCUCCACGAUUCCUUACCGGCGGAAUAACAGAGUGAAAAAAUUCCGAGUCCUUGUAAUCGAAUCAGUCUCCCAUAUGAACAUUCGAGUAUAAUACGUGGCAGCGUAUAUUUAUUUUUAAAUCCAAUUACCUCCAUAAACCAUAGACACAUUCACCUGCGACCCCCGUAAACGUCCAUACUACACGUCUAACAGCCAAAUAAUUUUAUUGCGUAUACACACACACACGUACUAUACACGCGCAGCCAUAACUAUGAUCUAUGUAAAUAUUGUACGAUCUAGCUCAAGCGAGUGAAACUCUUUUUAAUCAUUUGUAGUCAAUUUUAAUUUCAACAUCUCUCCGUGUCCAUCGCGCAUUCAACGUUGUAUCGUUAGUAACUAAUUGUGUAUGAAAACUGUAUCAUUUGCCUAUUGCGAUCACAUAUCGACAACGUGCAUUUUCGGAGAGAAUUUAUAUUAUACAUUAUAUUAAGCCGAUUUCACUCUCCGUGGUGCGAACCAUUAUUUAAUACUAAUUAUUUUCGCAUAUUUUUUGCGCUGGUAUUGUCAGUAAAUAUAUAUAUAUAUAUAUGUAUGUAUACAUAUAUAACUAUACAUAUCUAUAGGCGAUAAGAAAUUCAAUUAAGAUUCGAAUAUACGCUUGAAAAAAUAAUUAUAAAAUUAAGGAACAUAAAUUUUAAACGAAAUAAACCAAGUCCAAUAAAUGUUUGUAAAUAUGAAAUGCACUUUGUAAUCGGUACUCCACAAUUUUACAUAUUAGGUUGUAAUCGAAAUAUAUGUGUUAUAAACAUCAAA